UCUCUCUCCCUUAUGAACAGUCCGGCUGUCGAAGGCAAAUUGAACCACUUCUAAGACGGGGAAGGGCUGAAGCAUUAAAAAGAGGAAUCCAUGGAUGAGUCAUGAUGUGUUUUUAGGACCGCGAAAGGGUUGGAUGGCUUUUUUUAACGGACGCACUCAAGAUGGCGGCUGCGUGCCCCCUCUCCGUAAAACGCGUGCCGUGCGUGUGACGUCACGGCGCUUCUGGGCAUGGGCAGGUGGGAAGAGCCAGGCUAAGUUUGGCCCCUGUUAGUAGAAGAGGAGGAGGAGUGCAAGCUGGAGGUUGGAGUUGCUGCUGCUGCUCUUGUGGCUGGGCAGCCCUCCUUCCCUUUCCUCCCUUCCCUUGCUUUGCAAAGCCUCAUCUUUGGCUUCAGGAGGGGCAGCUCUUGCAGCCAUGGCUGCUGAAGACUCCAGCUCCUUGCCUUGGUCCAUCGACAAGGAUGACUAUGAGCUGCAGGAGGGAGUGGAGCAACAGCUGUUGUCCAAGCAGCCCACUGUAUGCCGAAGAAAGAGAAGGUGGCAAUUAAACGGAUCAACCUCGAGAAAUGUCAGACCAGCAUGGAUGAGCUCCUGAAAGAAAUUCAAGCCAUGAGUCAGUGCCAUCAUCCAAACAUCGUAUCUUACUAUACUUCCUUUGUAGUGAAAGAUGAACUUUGGUUAGUGAUGAAGCUCCUUAGUGGAGGUUCUGUCCUGGAUGUUAUUAAACACAUAGUAGCAAAAGGAGAACACAAGAACGGAGUCCUAGAUGAACCUGUAAUAGCCACGAUCCUGAAGGAGGUAUUGGAAGGACUGGAAUACUUGCAUAAAAAUGGGCAAAUUCACAGGGAUGUGAAAGCUGGAAACAUUCUUUUGGGAGAAGAUGGCUCGGUUCAAAUUGCAGACUUUGGUGUUAGUGCUUUUUUAGCCACUGGUGGAGACAUUACUCGAAACAAAGUGAGGAAAACUUUUGUCGGCACACCUUGCUGGAUGGCACCGGAAGUGAUGGAGCAGGUGAGAGGUUAUGACUUCAAAGCAGACAUCUGGAGUUUUGGAAUCACGGCAAUUGAGCUAGCUACAGGAGCAGCUCCUUAUCACAAAUAUCCACCCAUGAAGGUCUUAAUGUUAACGCUACAAAAUGAUCCACCUUCAUUGGAGACAGGUGUGCAAGAUAAGGAGAUGUUAAAAAAGUAUGGGAAAUCAUUCAGGAAGAUGAUCUCGUCAUGCCUGCAAAAAGACCCUGAGAAAAGACCAACAGCAGCUGAACUUCUAAGACAUAAAUUUUUCCAGAAAGCAAAGAAUAAAGAAUUUUUACAAGAAAAAAUUCUGCAAAGAGCUCCAACAAUCACCGAAAGAGCCAAAAAGGUCCGAAGAGUCCCUGGCUCUAGUGGGCGUCUACAUAAGACAGAAGAUGGAGGCUGGGAAUGGAGUGAUGAUGAGUUAGAUGAAGAGAGCGAGGAAGGCAAAGCAGCAAUUUCACAGCUCAGGUCUCCUAGAGUGAAAGAAUCCCUACAGAAUUCAGAGCUCUUCCCAUCAGCUGAGCCUACUGGCCCUUUGCUGACCGUUCCAGCCCAGAUUCCUGCUCAACUACCUCAGCCUGCAGGUCAAGCACCUGCACAACCUUCUCCAGCUGCCCCCACUCCAGCUUCUCAGGCACCUCCAGCAGCUCCAGUACAGGCACCUCCUGCCCCUGCAGCAGCCCCAGCACAAGAGGAACCGAAAGUCCCCAUCAGCCUUGUACUAAGGUUAAGGAAUUCAAAAAAAGAACUCAAUGACAUUCGAUUUGAAUUCACCCCAGGAAGAGAUACGGCUGAUGGGGUUUCCCAGGAACUCAUCUCAGCUGGACUUGUGGACGGCAGAGACCUAGUAAUAGUUGCUGCCAACUUACAAAAAAUUGUGGAAGAGCCCCAGACGAACCGAUCUGUCACUUUCAAACUGGCAUCUGGCGUUGAAGGCUCUGAUAUCCCUGACGACAGCAAGCUCAUUGGGUUUGCCCAGCUCAGCAUCAGUUAAAAAGACACUCCUCAACGAUGGUCCCCAUGGGUGCAGCUUUCAAAUGCUUCAGUUGGCCUAAAAGCAAAACCACUACUGCCAAAGAACCAAACUACAGGCCCCUUUCUUAGAAGCUUUAACCUCGUUUGUUUUCUGAAUAGCAUCACUGUGUCUCCCAGCACCACCAACCCCCUUGCCCUGCCAUCGUUGGCUUCUCAUCCACUUGCGUGUAGUUCUCACAUUUCCUUCUUCUCAGAUGUGCAGACCCAUCCUUUCACCACCUGCAUGGUCGUAGGUUUUUUAUUGCCUUAACUAUUUAAGAAAAGAAAACGAAGAGAGAGUGAAAGAGAAAAAAACAGAAAUACUACUGAGAGUACAAAACAGGGGUUCCACUACUCUUCACAAUUUUCCUGCCAUGAUGGGUGGGUUAGUUUUGUUCUUUGUACUGAAUCACGUUUCUUUGACCACAUAGUUAUUAUUUAACUGCGGAGGCAUUUGUUUUGCUUGGAGGGGUGUCCACCUAACCAUGUGGUUAAAGAAAAGGAUAGCAUGGGCGAGUUAUAGCAGCAUAUCAGAAAUCUGACUGAAUUACUGUGCAAGACUUAGAGUGAAGUUUGGCAGCCUUUACAAGAGCUUAUUCUUAUAUAUAAAAUAAAUAAUAAAUAGAGCUUAUUCUAAUCCAUCUAAGACAGAAAGCAAAUAGUUCUGUCUCCCCAAUGGUUAGCUCUAACAUUCACCUUUUCUGUUUAAUGCAAAAAUAUGUGACACAUUUGGAAAGCAUGGUUCCCCCCCCCCCCCCGGUUUUUCAUAAGGGACUGUUUGCAAUCCCAGUCCAGUUCUGCUGGACCAUAGUCCUCCAUGUUUCUAGGAUAAUCUGCCAGACAUGGGCUUUCUUGAAACCCUGCCUCUUCUGUUGUUGUGCCCUCACCAUAAGUCUAAAAUGCACUAACAGCUGAUGAGCAAACAGAGUUCUAUGGGAGGCAUGAAGCAGGUGGCGUGCAGGUGGAGUUAAUUGAGUUCUACUUGGAGGGGCAGUGGCACAAGGGAGAAUGUUUGACUGCAUAUGGUGCACAUCCUAUAACUUGUCUCUUCCUAAAUGCCCCUAUCCCCUGUUUAGCAUCUGUUGACGGCAGCUUUCCUCCAAACUGGCAUCUCUCAAUAUUAUUGGACUACAACGCCCAUCUGACCCAAACAGCACAUCCAUUGUGAUGAUGGGGAUUGCAGUCUAGCACACCUGGAGGGUGCUGGAUUGGGGAAAGCUGAUUUAUACAGUUCCUCUUUUUCUGUCUCUUUGUGACAGGCCUCUCUUGCAGAAAAGAGCGAGUGACAUUGCAGACAUGGGUGUUUCUAACCAUGGAAAAGUUCUCUGAAACCGAAAAAACUAGUUCAAGAAUUUUCUCAGGCUUGUUCUUUUCCCACAGAUGGCAGCUUACUGUUUGGGUAACAGUGAGAAUGGGCCCUUUAAGGUAUAUCUACACUAUGUCUCUAAAUUAAUUUCACAUCUCUUGUUGCUGGUUCUGACCACGGAGCCCUGGGCGUUGUAGUUCUGCAGACUGGCUGGGGAAUGUGUAGAGCAUCCCAGAAUUGUUUUAUCAAUAGCAUAUUUAAAGUCUCUUCAAACAAUGUGUUCUGAUGGGAUUGCCUCUGCUUUUGUAAAGAGAGCCCCUUGUAUGUAGACUAUAGAGAUGGGGAUUGUAACUUUGCAAAGUUUGCUAGGUGUUGUUUAACUCUAUAGAGUAGGUGUGUGGUUAGAUACAUAACCAUUCAUAAAAUAAGACAUUCUCCAUACAUGGCUAUUAUGAGCAAAAAUUGAUCAUGCACUCUGAUGAUUGAAGUUAGUUUGUGUAUAUGUGUUUCUUCCGAAACAGAUCUUUCUUGGCUAUGUUUUAGUCUCCAAAAGCAUUUCACUGGUGUGUUCAAGAUGCUUUUUCUUUUUCUGCACAAACUGGUACCUAAAGAACUGCCCCUGUUCUAUUUUUACAGCAAUAAUAAUAAUAGAAAAAAAGAUUGCCUGUAGAAAUCCUAUAUGGCAAGAUUAAGCUCUGGACAGUUUUGUCCCUCCUGCUGCACUAACUGCUUAGAAUUUACAAAAUUGUUCUUAUUUUAUACUCUCAGCUCAAGCAUCAAAGUUUGAUCAAGACGAUGUAACUGAAACCAAUAUAGCUCGUGUUUUAGUAUUUUUUUAAAGAAAUUAGUAUCUGGUGGUGUGCUUUUUUCCCAUUUUUUUUGAAUUUCUACAUAUAAAUUAUGCUUUUUAGUUCGAGAAGAGAAACACUUGUAAUGCAAUAUGUGAAUAAUAAAAUGAUGUUGAUUCUUUGCCCUUCCCUGACAGUUGCCCCUCUUCCAGGCUGUUACUUAACCUUGGGAAGUAUUUUAUUACAGGCUUGGAAUUAAGCUGCUUACUAAACCAAUAGAACUGGGUUCUCUCCUUUCUGCCCGUGACUUUCCUAACAUGCACAGCUUAAGCCUGGUUAAGGCAUUGGUUGCUGGCUUACACAUUUGCUCCCAUUGUCCCUUUCCGCUCUCCAGUGUGAAUUCUCUCCUCCUCCCUUUGUCAUUUUUAGACAUGGUUUCCUAUUACAUUUGCCCCCGCAUUAACCAGAGUUAACUUUUAAGUAAUGCUGUGUGGCUGGUUUGAAAAAACUUGGUUAGGACUACGAAAGGAGGGAGUUUAGGGCGUGGAAUGUGCAAGAUCGCAUCCCAAACCCAACCUCUUAGCUAUGGUUUAAAAUGGGGAUUGGGAACCUUCAGUUGCCCUGAAUAUUUUGGACUACAAUUCCCAUAACGACUUAUUGUUGACUGUGCUGGCUGGGGUAUCUGGGAUCUGUAGUCUGGCAACCCAAAGGGUUCAUCUAUACUGUAAAGAUAAUGCAGUUUGACACCUCUUUAACUGCCAGGGCUCCAUCCUGUGGAAUCCUGGGAUUUGUAAUUUGGGGAGGCACCAGUACUCUUUGGCAGAGAAAGCUAAAGACCUUGUAAAACUGCAAAUUCCAGGAUUCCAGGAUUCCAUACGAUGGAGGUACAAAACAGUGUUGUUUCUACAGUGCACCCAAAUUUUCCACAUCCCCCAUUUAAGAGAGAAGUCAUAGCGGCUAGAAUUGUGUGCAUACACAUGCAUGUGCGCGCACACCAGCCCACUAUCAAUGUGGGAAAUAUUGGGGGAACAUAGAUUUGGUAGGGAUCUUUCUCCCUAGAUCUUACCAAGUAUAUAGUUUUCUUUAUGAGCAAUUAUGGGAGCAUAAUUAAAACAGAGGGGCAUCCAUUUGAUAAUAUUUUUGUUAUCAUUUUAAGCCUGUAGGUUUAAUAUUGCUUAGGUCCAUCCGUAGGCAAUGAGCAAGGCUGCUGCAGAUGGGGAGACACAUUGGAGGAAGAGGAGGAAAAUGGAAGAGCUUUGAUGCAAAGAGUGAUGGGGUGUGUGUGUGGAGCAGUGAAGAGGGGUGGGAAGCAUUUUGUUUGGACUUUGUGUGUUUGGGUGUGUUAAAAGUUCUGUUGCACCUCAUUGCACCCUUCUAAGAGCACAAGCUUUUCCUUCUUUGUGCUUGUGGCUUACGGGAGAGCAGGUUGCAGCCUAUACAUUCAGGAAAGCUGAUAGAUUAAUUUUUAAAGUUACUUGGGGGGGGGUAUAAUUCCCACUGGGUGUUUCUGUGUGUGGUCAUCCCCCCAAAUAACUUUGCCAAAUCCUGUUUUAAAACAACACACCAAACUUUUCAUGGAAGGGGCAACAGUUACCAGUCCUCUGGAUAACUGUUUCAGGUGGACCUGUGAUGGACAUGUGAACAAAGCCCCCCGGGGAUGAUGGAAGUGGUCCUCAGAGGCUCUGCAAUGAUGAUCGCAGCUUCUCAACCCCUUCUAGUUUGACAGGCAGCCCUUGGGAGCCUGUGAUGUUAUGUCGCUCAAGUGGGCAGGGUUUAUGGCUCCUUAAGUGAUGAUGUAAAACCAUUGGGCAGGGUUUAUGGCUGGAAUGGGUCCCAGCUCUCGUAUGAUGAGAACGCCUGGGCUUUGUCAAGGAGGGGGGUCUAUCUGUCUUGGAGAAUAUGCCCUCCCCAUCCCACCCAAUUUGCCCACCAUGUCUUCAGUCAUGAAGACUUAAUUCUGGUACAGUAUUACUUCACUUUUGCCUGCAUGCUGUGGAUACCUUUGUUGUUGUCACUGGUGUAGACCUCCAAACUAAGCCAGUGAAAUGAUGCAGUAUCUAUUUAUUUACUCUCCCUCCUCUCUCUCUAACCCAAGUCUAGCAGACAAUGUUAUCCAUGCUGGCUCUUUCCCCAGUAUUUUUUAUUUUGAUAUUUUUUAUGAUCCUCAGCCACCCUCAUUACUAGAUUUCUAGGCACAUGUCUCUUGGUGGUAGUACGUUUUUGGGUUUUGUUUCGUUUUUUUGGCUUGGGAUACUACAAGUGCUAGCCAACUUAUUUUGUUCUUGAGGUUCAAAAGUGCCAAUGAUAUUUUUGUUUUGUUUUGUUAAGAAAUUAUUUCUAACCUUUUUACCCUUAUGGAUCAGAGGGUUUUUUUAAUUUUAUUUUAUUUUGGGUAAAUUCUGAACUUGAAUCUAGAAAAUCAGUUGGUAUUUUUUUAAACUUAGUUAAUAUUCUUAAGGAUUAUGAUGGUGUAUUAAUAUAACAGGAACUUCUACACAAUUUUGGUGUACUGUAGAUUUUAAUGAAAGAUGUAAAAUAUUCAGCCUUUUUUUUCUUUGACUUUGUAUUUUACUGCAUGUAUUUCUCUAAUUUUUAAUCAAUAAAAAAUUGUCCAAUGCUU